CAAUUGAUUCCGGUAGACUGAAUAGAGGAGCAGCGUUUGAGGCUCUCAAUAUUAUCUUAUCGCGUUAUUUUCGUGGAUUUCACGCUACAAAGGUAAUAUAGACUAAUCCUUUUAUAUGAUUCAUAUGUUUGAUUAUGUUUAUGAUCCUGAGAUAGAUGUUAGGAAAGUGUUUCCUGAAAUUCCGCUUUAAGCAUCCAUCGAAAACAAACAUUAAUUUGACUGACAAUUCUUCAUUCAUCUUCUUUCUCAUCAUCUGAUUUCAGUACAAGUUAGCGGUACAAGGGUAAGUGUAAUUGCAUCAUCGUAAACAAAUUGCUAAUAACAAUCGACAAUCUCUAUGUUUGGGGGGCUUGUGAAUGCUAGUAAUAGUCCCCAUCUCCGCAAAUCUGGAAGUAGACCUGUUUUUGGUGAACCUGGUGAAAACAGUGAAGAAAUUCUUCUACAUUCACACGUUUCUAAUGAAAUGAAGGGUAUUAAUAUAACUACCCCUCUAAGUAGCACUUUCAUGAUGCCAUCACCCACUUUUUUGUGGAGAUUUAAGGUAUUAUUGUUUUUUAUCUGGGGCUUUUGUUGUUGCAAGAUUGGAUGGCAUUCUGUAAUGCGAAUGAGCGCUGAUCUGAGGGAUCUCUUUUUGUACGAGGCCUUUUUAUACUACAAUCCUCUUCUACUUGUGACUUUGAUGGUUUGGCUUUGGGGGAUAAAUUUAUGGGUCUUUUCUCAGGCUAACGUUAAUUAUUCAGAGAUUUUUGACAUUGAUCAAACUCAUCUUACUCACAAGGAAAUAUGGAAGUGUGGCACCUGGAUGACCAUUAUAGUUCCAACGAGUAUGACAGCGUAUCUUUAUCUGUAUUCAGAUGGAGAAGUAUCAUUAGCAGCAUCUCAACCAGUUCUUUUGUACAUUGUUGUUGUUUUGAUAUUAAUUUCUCCGUUUGAUAUUUUCUCCUUAUCUUCACGUUACUACUUUUUGAGAACUCUUUGGAGAAUAGUUCUUCCCUUGCAGACAAUAUCAUUUGCUGACUUCUUCUUGGCUGAUAUCUUGACGUCCAUGUCAAAGGUUCUAUCAGAUUUGGAGCGUUCAGUUUGCCGCAUGGUCCAUCGGCAGGUUGCUACUACUGCGUGGUUUGAGGCUGAUUCUGUGUGUGGCAGUCACUCCGUUGCAAUUCCUGUGGUUCUGGUGCUUCCUUAUAUUUUCCGACUAUUCCAAUGUCUUAGGCAAUACAAGGACAGUGGAGAAAAGUCAAGUCUUCUGAAUGCUCUAAAAUAUUCUACUGCAAUACCAGUUAUCUUUCUUUCAGCGCUGAAAUAUCAUGUAUUCCCAGACAUGUGGACAAAUAUAUAUAGGCCACUUUGGCUGAUGUCAAGUUUAUUAAACUCUAUUUAUUCCUUUUACUGGGAUAUUACGCGAGAUUGGGAUAUGAGUUGUUUCACUCGGAUAUUCAAGUUUGGAAAACCUCAUAUUUUCUCAUAUCUUCUGUAUGGACGGAAAUGGGUUUACUGUUGGGUGAUUGGAAGCAAUUUAAUUUUGCGAUGUACUUGGACGUACAAGCUUUCUGCUCAUCUCCGACACAAUUACCUUACUGUUUUCACUAUUACUGCUUUGGAGAUCUUCCGGCGUUUUCAAUGGGUUUUCUUUCGCCUGGAGAAUGAGUGGAAUAAAAUGAGUGCAAAGUCGCAUAUUCAGCUAUCAGAAUGUGACGAUUCUAAUGAGAAUGCUAAAUUGCUAAACUCUGCAAAUCAUAGUGUAUAAACGACUGAACUGAAAUAUUGCUUUCCUGUUUGCAAUCGCCAUGUUUGUGAAUUUUCGGGAAGAAUAUCCCUAGAAUUGUAUAUUGAUUUUGAAUAUUGAGCCAUUGUUUAUAAGAUGAGAUCAUUUUGUGCAUUUGAGAGAACUGUGUUUCACUUCGAAAUGUAUGAACAGUGUAGCAAUGGAGUUUUACUACUCGCAGAUUAUAGAAGCAUGCAAGCUACAAAUUUAAUAUUCUGUAAGAUUUUUGACCAACAACUUU